GUGCAGUGCUAGCUCCGGUAACCCGUGGUUGCGCUUGCGCAGUAUAUAGAUACGAGGCCCAUGGCUAGUGUGGAGGAAGCAGCUCCCACUACUAGAUUCAGGUGAGCUCGCUCACACCGUGCAGGCCCCUUCUUCGUUCCACCGCAGCUAGCCCGGCCCUCCACCGCACCAUGGCCAAGCUCGCCGCGCAGCUCAAGGACAAGUUCUUCGGCCUCGUCGGCCGCAUCACCGGCUGCGGCCGCGCCCACAAGGACGCCGCAGCUGGCGUGAUAGAGCCCAAGUCUUUGGCAUCUCAGCAUGUUGAGAUCAGGUCAAGGGGAGGUCCUCCACACGUGGACGGAGGGGCCAGGGGUCACAUCAACGAUGAUGGCGCCAUCUAGAGGAGAUCAGGAGAGACGUCGAGACGGUGAUGAGAAGCUGCGUACUAGCUCAUGGACGAUGGUGAUCGAUUCCUCCUCCACGCGACCACGCCAAGCGUCGAGCGUCCUCUAUCGUGCGUGUUGCCGUACGUGUCUGUUCUCUUCGUGUCCCUAGCUAGCUAGCUAGCUAGCUAUAUCGUUUUCAGUUUUUGUACUAGUACGUGUGCUCUGCCCGACCUACAUAUCUGUUAGUUCCAGGCUCUGUUGUGCCGUGGUACACAUGGUACUGUAAGUGCUAGCUUUAUACAUGUAAUCAUGUUGAUUAACGUAACGGUACGGUGUGGUGUCUUUUGCAAA